AUGGAUAGAAAUUACCCGGGAACAGGGUUCGGUGAUUUGGGCGCAGGAGCAGGAUGGAGUUACGAAAGAUCGGCGAAAGCAAGGUAAGCAACUGAUCCAGUCCAUAUAAUGUUUAAACACUAGCUAAUAUAUUGCAUUCUCUUUGCGUUUUUGUAAUCGAUUGGUCGUUAAUUUGGUACAUUGACUUCGAUCUGUAUCCUGCCUAUUGGCAGCAUCGCGUUGUCAUCCAGGUUGUUGGGUGUUGUUACUAUUAUAAACAGCAGGGAAUGGAACAAGCGGGGUGGAAGAACUAGCUAACAGAACUCUUGAAAAUGCAUGGCAUACAAUUGACAGACUAGAUGCGUGGUUUUAGGUAGACAGAGGGAGGGAACGGGAGCAAAGGGGGAUGGGUUGUAACUAGCUGCUCUUAGUAACGCAGGUGUAUUUACAUAAACUAGCGUUGCUUUCAAUUGUUUUGGGUUGCACAAAAACAGUCCCGCGGAAGGCAGAAAGGUAAUACAAUUCCAUUUCAAUUUACUGUGCCGGUGGGCAGGACAUUUGAGGAAAUCUGAGACAAAAUAUCUUAAGGAUAGUAUUAUUAAAUAGACUUUCCAAACGUGGGUCUGUUGUAGACCCACUUCCUCUCUGCUUACCUCAUGUCAAAAUAAAAGUCUUGCACUUGCGCCAUGUGGACAAAAAAGGAAUAGCUUGUUUGGGAUGUUUAUUUAGAAUAGCUUGAUGCCCAAUUUGUUUCUAACCAGUUUUCUCCAUUGACAUUGCAUGAUACAUUUGUUUCACAAAGUAAUUGAGAUCCCUCAGCCUGUGAAGUGUCAAAGUUGUUACCAUGUAACAUUUUUGAGUGGCAAGUGAUUACCAUUACAUUUACAUUUUAGUCAUUUAGCAGACACUCUUAUCCAGAGCGACUUACAGUCAGUGAGUGCAUACAUUUUCCAUACUGACCAUGAGGGAGAUUACCUAAAAACACACCAAUUUGAUACAGCUAUGACCGGAAGUUACUUUUUUGUAGCAGGUAAGUCGCUCUGGAUAAGAGCGUCUGCUAAAUGACCUAAAUGUAAAUUAGGCUAGGUUAAGGUUAGCAAAAAUGCUCUUCUAAUCUGCUAUGAAAGUAAUUUCUGGUCGUAGUGGUAUCAAAGUGGCGUGCUUUUAGGGAGUCCCAGCACGAGGUGCCAGUGGUUGAAUGUUGGCAACUCUCAUGCUAUGAAGAAUGAUAAUGAUAGUCAACACCCAGUCUUGCUAGCAGACCAAAAUACAUUAGCUAAGUCUUUAUUUCAAUUUCUCUUAUCAAUCCAUAGCUAUCUACUAUGAUUUGGAUUGCUAGCUAGCUAGGCUACCUAAUUUAGUCGACUGGUCAAUUGUUUGGUCGAUAGGCUGUUGGUCGACCGAGAUUUCUUUAGUCGAGCAAUAGCAAAAAUAACAAAUUCAUGGUGUACAAGACACCUGUCUGAUUCACACCUGUCUGAGUGGACUGAUCCAUUGUGGAGACCGUGGGGAUGGCACAGUCCAUCAGUUUAAGACAUGUGCUACUGAAAUGGUAUAUGGUUAUAUUAUGAAAGAACAAUGGAGCAACACAAAUAAAAAUAAUAGGAUUUUAUAACUAAUGCGCUUUCUCCUGCGUUGGAUAGUGGUCACUGUUCUGAAACACAUCAAUGGGCUGUUGAAUUGGUGCCUUUUCCAAGACCAUGUUGCUAUGUGCAUAAUAGCAAAGUUAACCAGCAUGUUGGUGUUGAGAACAAUGCGGUGGAGGCAGCAUCGGAGUUAGGAGAUGAGAAAACAGUCCUUGCCUUAAUUGUCUAAGAAAAGUGAGAAGAGAGGAAACCCCAACUUAAUUAGGUCUAUAAUCAAUAGCCUAACUGUUAAAUGUGCCUGACUUUAUAAAUCAUCCAUAUACAGUACCAGUCAAAAGUUUGGACACACCUACUCAUUCAAGGGUUUUUCUUUAUUUUUACUAUUUUCUACAUUGUAGAAUAAUAGUGAAGACAUCAAAACUAUGAAAUAACCCAUAUGGAAUCAUGUAGUAACCAAAAAAGUGUUAAACAAAUCAAAAUAUAUUUUAUAUUUGAGAUUCUUCAAAUAGCCACCCUUUGCCUUGAUGACAGCUUUGCAUACUCUUGGCAUUCAUGAGGAAUGCUUUUCCAACAGUCUUGAAGGGGUUUCCACAUAUGCUGAGCACUUGUUGGCUCCUUUACCUUCACUCUGCGGUCCAACUCAUGCCAAACCAUCUCAGUUGGGUUGAGGUCGGGUGAUUGUGGAGGCCAGAUCAUCUGAUGCAACACUCCCUCACUCUCCUUGGUCAAAUAGCCCUUACACAGCCUGGAGGUGUGUUUGGGGUUAUUGUCCUGUUGAAAAACAAAUUAUAGUCUCACUAAGCCUAACCAGAUGGGAUGGCAUAUCGCUGCAGAAUGCUGUGGUAGCCAUGCUGGUUAAGUGUGCCUUGAAUUCUAAAUAAAUCACAGACAGUGUCACGAGCAAAGCACCAUCACACCACCUCCUCCUGCUUCACGGUGGGAACCACACAUGCGGAGAUCCUCUGUUCACAGGUUUUUAGAAAUGUUUGCAAAUGUAUUACAAAUAAAAAAAACUAUCACAUUUACAUAAGUAUUCAGACCCUUUACUCAGUACUUUGUUGAAGUACCUUUGGCAGCGAUUACAGCCUCGAGUUUGACGCUACAAGCUUGGCACACCUGUAUUUGGGGAGUUUCUCCAAUCUUCUCUACAGAUCCGCUCAAGCUCUGUCAGGUUGGAUGGGGAGCGUCGUUGCACAGCUAUUUUAAGGUCUCUCCAGAGAUGUUAGAUCAGGUUCAUGUCCGGGCUCUGGCUGGGACACUCAAGGACAUUCAGAGACUUGUCCCGAAGCCACUCCUGCGUUGUCUUGGCUGUGUGCAUUGGGCCGUUGUCCUGUUGGAAGGUGAACCUUCACCCCAGUCUGAGGUCCUGAGUGCUCUGGAGCAGGUUUUCAUCAAGGAUCUCUUUGUACUUUCCCUCGAUCCUGACUAGUCUUCCAGUCCCUGCCGCUGAAAAACAUCCCCACAGCAUGAUGCUGCCACCACCAUGCUUCACCGUAAGGAUGGUAUUGGCCAGGUGAUGAGCGGUGCCUGGUUUCCUCCAGACGUGACGGUUGGCAUUCAGGCCAAAGAGUUCAAUCUUGGCUUCAUCAGACCAGAGAAUCUUGUUUCUCAUGGUCUGAGAGUCCUUUAGGUGCCUUUUGGCAAACUCCAAGCAGGCUGUCGUGCCUUUUACUGAGGAGUGGCUUCCUUCUGGCCAUUCUACCAUAAAGGCCUGAUUGGUGGAGUGCUGCAGAGAUGGUUGUCCUUCUGGAAGGUUCUCCCAUCUCCACAGAGGAACUCUGGAGCUCUGUCAGAGUGACCAUCAGGUUCUUGGCACUUCCCUGACCAAGGCCAUUCUCCCCUGAUUGCUUAGUUUGGCCGGGCGGCCAGCUUUAGGAAGAGUCUUGGUGGUUCCAAACUUCUUCAAUUUUAAGAAUGAUGGAAGCGACUGUUCUUGGGGACCUUCAAUGCUGCAGGAAUUUUUUGGUACACUUCCCCAGAUCUGUGCCUCGACACAAUCCUAUCUCGGAGCUCUACAGACAAUUCCUUUGACCUCAUGGCUUGGUUUUUGCUCUGAUAUGCACUGUCAACUGUGGGAUCUUUAUACAGACCUUUCCUUCUCAUGUCCAAACAAUUGAAUUUACCACAGGUGGACUCCAAUCAAGUUGUAGAAACAUCUCAAGGAUGGUCAAUGGAAACAGGAUGCACCUGAGCUCAAUUUUGAGGGUCUGAAUACUUUUUUAUCAUGUUUUUUAUUUGCAAGAAAAUCUAAACCUGUUUUUGCUUAGACAUUAUGGGGUAUAGUGUGUAGAUUGAUGAGAAAAAGAAAAAGAAAAGAUAAGGCUGUAACGUAACAAUGUGGAAAAAGUGAAGGGGUCUGAAUACACUAUGUCCAUGAGUUGCAGUGUUAUGUUGGCAUCGUUCAUAUUUGGGGUCAACUUGGGAAUAGAAUUUGUCCAGCUUGGCAUUUGUGUAGUGACUUCUAUGUAUCACUUUAAAGUGUGUAACAACAUGCCUGGUACAUAUUUUAUUUUUAUCCCAAGUAUUAGACAUUUCAAUUCCUAAAUCCUGUUCCCAAGUUCAUAUCAAUGAUUGUAGGCAUAGAGUGCUGCUGAUAUACAUCCUUUUGCAGUUGGGUUGGUUUUAACAUAUCAUCCAAAAUGGUGUGAAAUCACUUGUAAUUUUUCUGGCCAAUCACUGGUUUGUAAGUAUCUAAAGAAAUGGGCAUUUGGAAUAUUGAAUGUAUUUGAAAUAUAUUCAAAUAAUGCAAAGGUGCCAUCUUUAUAGAGGUCAUAGUGAUUUCACACCACUUUGUCUCCAUAUAUCAAAAGCUUUGUCUGCAAAGGAUGGUGGAAAUAGAUGGUUACAAAUUUCAAGGGGAGUAGGGAAGAAUAUCUCUAUCUAGGUUCAGCCUUAGGUUAUUCCAUAUCUUGAGAGUUUGUCUGACCAGGUAAUUCUUACUGAAGGUGGCAAAUGGAGCUAGAAGGGGAGCGCAUCCAAUAACUCUUAACGAUGUGGCCAUACAGGAUUUGGAUUCUAUGAUUAUAAUGCCAGAGUGGGCAGGGUCAUGAGAUAUUACAUACAGAGAUAUUACGAAUGUUUGCAGCCCAAUAAUAUUUCUGAAAAUGAGGGAGCCCCGAACCUCCUAGUUCUUUUGGUUUUUGCAGGAUGGCUUUAAUGAUUUGUGGCUUUUUAUUAUACCAUAUAAACUCUGAGAUCAUUGUGUCCAGCACCUAAAACAAGUUUUAGGUAUAGCAAUUAGAAUACACCGGAAAAAAUCGAGGAAUUUCGGUAGGACGUUCAUUUUGAUAGAAUUUAUUAGACUCAUAAGUGAUAUUGGUAGGGUUGUCCACUUUAUCAGGGUCUUUCUUAGUCAUUUCCAAUUGCUGCAAGUCUGACGGAGAGUGUGUAACAAUAAUUCCUAACUAUUUAAAACAAUCUGUAACAUUUUUUUAUGGAAAACUAAGAGUAGUAUUAGACAGCAGUCUUUGUCAUUGGGUACAGUUAACUUUAGCUGUAAUUUAGUUUGUAUCCUGAGAGGUUCCCAAAUUUUGUUAAAAUAUUAAGCACCAGAGGAAUGGAAGCAACCGGGUCUGAAAUGUGUAAAAGCAAGGCAUCUGCAUAUAGACACUUUCUGUUCUCUGUCCUCUCUUUUCACUCCACUAAUAAUUUAAUUGGCCCGGAUUGAGAUGGCCAGGGGUUCUAUUGCAAUAGCAAAUAGGAGUCCGGAGAGUGAACACCCUUGUCUAGUUCCACGUUUUAGCGAGAAAUAUUGUGUUUUGUGGCCAUUUGUUCUUAAUAAAGCACAUGAUAAAGCAUACAAUCAUUUUAUCCAGGAAAUGAAAUUGCAGCCAAAUCCAAAUCUUCCUAAUGUUGCAAAGAACCCCAUUCUAAUCCCACUCUACACGAUCAAAUGCCUUUUCGGCAUCAUGUUAUUACAACCUCUGUUUUAUUUGAAUCCGUAGGGUUAUACAGUGCAUUCGGAAAGUAUUCAGACCCCUUUUUCCACACUUUUCCUCAUCAAUAUACACACAAUACCCCAUAAAGACUAAGCGAAAACAGGUUUUUAGAUUUUUUUGUGAAUUUAUUACAAAUAAAAAACAUACCUUAUUUACAUAAGUAUUCAGAACCUUUGCUGUGAGACUCGAAAUUGAGCUCAGGUGCAUCCGGUUUCCAUUGAUCAUCACUGAGAUGUCUCUAUAACUUGAUUGGAGUCCACCUGUGGUAAAUUAAUUUGAUUGGACAUGAUUUGGAAAGGCAAACACCUGUCUAUAUAAGGUCCCACAGUUGGCAGUGCACAUCAGAGCAAAAACCAAGCCAUGAAGUCGAAGGAAUUGUCCAUAGAGCUCCGAGAUAGGAUUGUGUCGAGGCACAGAUCUGUGUAAGGGUACCAAAACAUUUCUGCAGCAUUGAACCCCCCCUAGAACACAGUGGCCUCCAUCAUUCUUAAAUGGAAGAAGUUUGGAACCACCAAGACUCUUCCUAGAGGUGGCCGCCCGGCCAAACUGAGCAAUCGGGGGAGAAGGGCCUUGGUCAGGGAGGUGACCGAGAUCCCGAUGGUCACUCUGACAUAGCUCCCGAGUUCCACUGUGGAGAUGGGCGAACCUUUCAGAAGGACAAACAUCUCUGCAGCACUCCACCAAUCAGGCCUUUAUGGUAGAGUGGCCAAAUGGAAGCCACUCCUCAAUAAAAGGCAAAUGACAACCCGCUUGGAGUUUGCCAAAAGGCACCUAAAGGACUCAGACCAUGAGAAACAAGAUUCUCUGGUCUGAUGAAACCAAGAUUGAACUCUUUGGCCUGAAUGCCAAGCGUCACGUCUGGAGGAAACCUGGCACCAUCCCUACGGCAAAUCAUGGUGGUGGCAGCAUCAUGCUGUGGGGAUGUUUUUCUGCGGCAGGGACCAGUCAGGAUCGAGGGAAAGAUGAAUGGAACAAAGUACAUAUAGACUUGAUGAAAACCUGCUCCAGAGCGCUCAGGACCUCAGACUGGGGCAAAGGUUAACCUUUUGACAGGACAACGACCCUAAGCACACAGCCAAGACAACGCAGGAGUGGCUUCGGGACAAGACUAUGAAUGUCCUUGAGUGGCCCAUCCAGAGCCCGGACUUGAACCAGAUCGAACAUCUCUGGAGAGACCUUACAAUAGCUGUGCAGCGACACUUACCAUCCAACCUGACGGAGCUUAAGGAUCUGCAGAGAUGAAUGGGAGAAACUCCCCAAAUACAGGUGUGCCAAGCUUGUAGCGUCAUACCCAAGAUGACUUGAGGCUGUAAUCACUGCCAAAGGAGCUUCAACAAAGUACUGAGUAAAGGGUCUGAAUACUUAUGUAAAUGUAAUAUUUCACAUUUUAGAAUAAGGCUGUAAUGUAACAAAAUGUGGAAAUAGUCAAGAGGUCUGAAUACUUUCCAAAUGCACUGUAGAUUGUGUUAAAUAGCCGUCUAAGAUUACAGGAGGAUAGGUGAUUUAUAAAACCGGUUUGGUCCAAUUAUAUUAUCUCUUGAAUAAUUGUUUCCAACCAUUGGGAUAGAACUUUACCUUCAAUCUUUGCAUCCACAUUAAUUAAGGAUAUGGGGCGAUAGGAACUACACUCACAUGGGUAUUUUAUUUGGUUUUAACAAUAAUGAGAUGCAUGUUUGGUUCAUUGAUGGAGCAAGUAAUUUGUUUUCAAAAGAUUCAUAGUAAACUGCAUGGAAAAUAGGAGCGAAUUGGACAUCACAUUUUUUGUAAAUGUCAGAUUUGAAGCCGUCAGGUCCACAUGACUUAUUAGUUUGCAUUUACUUAAUAGCUUUUUUUAUUUAAUUGACAGUUAGCUAAUUGUUCAUUACACUACAUGACCAAAAGUAUGUGGACACCUGCUCCUUAAACAUCUCAUUCCAAAAUCAUGGGCAUUAAUGUGGAGUUGGUCCCACCCUUUGCUGCUAUAACAGCCUCCACUCUUCUUGGAAGGCUUUCCACUAGAUGUUGGAACAUUGCUGCGGGGACUUGCUUCCAUUCAGCCACGAGCAUUAGUGAGGUCGGGCACUGAUUUUGGUCGAUUUAGGCCCGCAGUCGGCGUACCAAUUAAUCUCAAAGGUGUUCAAUGGGGUUGAGGUCAGGGCUUUGUGCAGGCCAGUCAAGUUCUUCCACACCGAUCUCGACAAACCAUUUCUGUAUGGACCUCGCUUUGUGCACAGUGGCAUUGUCAUGCUGGAACAGGAAAGGGCCUUCCUCCAACUCUUGCCUCAAAGUUGGAAUCACAGAAUUGUCUAGAAUGUAAUUGUAAGCUGUAGCGUUAAGAUUUCCCUUCACUGGAACUAAGGGGCCUAGCACGAACCAAAACUUUACAAUUGGCACUAUGCAUUGGGGAAGGUAGCGUUCUCCUGGCAUCCGCCAAACCCAGAUUCGUCCGUCGGACUGCCAGAUGGUGAAUUGUGAUUCAUCACUCCAGGGAAUGCGUUUCCACUGCUCCUGAGUCCAAUGGCGGCGAGCUUUACACCACUCCAGCCGACGCUUGGCAUUGCGCAUGGUGAUCUUAGGCUUGUGUGCAGCUGCUCGGCCAUGUAAACCCAUUUCAUGAAGCUCCCGGCGAACAGUUAUUGUGUUGACGUUGCUUCCAGAAGCAGUUUUGAACUCGGUAGUGAGUGUUGCAAUCAAGGACAGACGAUUUCUACGUGCUUCAGCACUCGGCGGUCCCAUUCUGUGAGCUUGUGUGUGCCUACCACUUCGUGGCUGAGCUGUUGUUGCUCCUAGAUGUUUCCACUUCACAAUCACAGCAUUUACAGUUGACCUGGGCAGCUCUAGCAGGGCAGAAAUUUGACCAACUGACUUAUUGGAAAGGUGGCAUCCUAUGAAGGUGCCACGUUGAAAGUCACUGAUCUCUUCAGUAAGGCCAUGGAGAUUGCAUGGCUGUGUGCUCGAUUUUUAUACACAUGUCAGCAAAGGGUGUAGCUGAAAUAGCAAAAUCCACUAAUUUAAAGGGGUGUCCACAUACCUUUGUAUAUAUUUAUCCUCUGGACUCCGACAUUGCUCGUACUAAUAUUUUCCAUUCUUUUACGUUUAGAUUUCUGUGUAUUAUUCAAUAUUACUGCACUGUUGGAGCUUGGAACAAGCAUUUCGCUACACCCGCAAUAACAUCUGCUAAAUAUGUGUAUGGGACCAAUAAAAUGUGAUUUGAAUUUCAAUGCACAGGGAUACCAUGACGAAAUCCUGAGGCCCAUUGUCGUGCCAUUCAUCACCUCAUGUUUCAGCAUGAUAAUGCACAGCCCCAUCGCAAGGAUCUGUACACAAUUCCUGGAAGCUGAAAUUGUCCCAGUUCUUCCAUGGCCUGCAUACUCACCAGAAAUGUCACCCAUUGAGCAUGUUUGGGAUGCUCUGGAUCGAUGUGUAUGACAGCGUGUUCCUGACAAUAUCCAGCAACUUCGCACAGCCAUUGAAGAGGAGUGGGUCAACAUUCCACAUGCCACAGUCAACAGCCUGAUGAACUCUAUGCGAAGGAGAUGUGUCGCACUGCAUGAGGCAAAUGGUGGUUACACCAGAUACUGACUGGUUUAAUGAUCCACGCCCCUACCUUUUUUUUAAGGUAUCUGUGACCAACCGAUGCAUAUCUGUAUUCCCAGUCAUGUGAAAUCUAUAGAUUAGGGCCUAAUUAAUUAAUUUCAACUGACUGAUUUCCUUAUGAACUGUAACGCAGUUUUAUCUUUUUGUUCAGUGUAGAUAGGCUUAUAGGCUAGAUGUUUUAACAUAAAUGCGCCAUUCUAUCAAACGACUUCAAUUCUUGAAAUUUGCUUGUUUAACCCACACCUAAAAUUAGGUAUUAUGUAUAACACCACCACCAACAACAACAACAAUCCUAGGAGGGGUUACAGGCAUAAAGUACUGUGUUGGUAAAAUAUCACAUAGUCUUUAAGAUUUUUAUUUUUUUUAAUCUUCUUUUUUGGAGAAUGCUAAUUAUUCUCUUGUUACUGAUUUUGUGUAAUCCAUAGCCUAAAUGUUUUUAUUUUUACAAUGUCAAGAAUGGUGACCUACAGUAUUCUUGCCAUAUCAUUUUUUUUUAGGAUGGAGAUGCACUCUAAGUUGUUUUCUGAACAGAGUGUGUUGUACUUGGUCAUGACAUUCAAACCAAACAAUCCACUUAGUAUUUACAUAUUUGUUGCAUAUGUUUCAAUUUCACAGCUUCUCCCAAAGGUCACCCUUUGGACAAAGGUUUAUGGAAAUUAAAAUGGACUUGAAUGGUUAAUUACUACCUCUUCUCCUCCUCCCCAGUCUCGUCUAUGGAAGCUCCAGAUCAUCACAUCCUGAGUCGGAGCUUCUCCAUCGACAAGCCUACGGCACUCCCCACCCUCUGCAGGGCUAUGCCACCAAUCACCACCCGGGCAGCUCCGGCCAAGGAGGUGCUUGGGGAGCAGGACGGAGUUUGGGUGAGAGACCUAUCACACACCUUAUUAUUGUGUCGCCACUUGCCACAGUAUAGGGCUCUCGGAAUGAUAUAUGACUGGCCAUGCUGCUGGUACUUAGGUAUGCAGCCACUGACAAAUGCAUUUCACGGCAUUAUAUUGGAGGCAGUUUCUAUGGAAAACACUUGUGUGAGGGAAAAAAAACUAUUUUUUCACCAGGUAACAUAUAGGGCCACAUUUUAUUUAGAACAUCUGUUAGGCUUACGUCAUCAUAUUAUGGUGUAAUGGACACUCCUUGACCUAUUCAGUCCAGUUAUACAAUUCUAUAACAUAGGUAUAGCUGUCUCUGUUAAUGCCCUGUGCCCGGUUCCUGAUAGCGAUGGAACUUAGGCUUCCAAUUGUUUUUAACGAUGCGUCGUUCCUACGACGGCUGAAGAUGUAACAUGCAUUUCCCAAAACACCACGCAGAGAGAACUUUCGCUAAGUGCGUUGUUGGAGCAUGUGUCGAUACUGAUGGGAUCGAAACAAGGCAGCGCUGCUCUCGGAUCAGCUUUCUCCAUUCAACUCUUACCUUAAAGUGGGAGUGCAGUUAAUGUGAUUUUCCAGUUUUCAAAAAAUGAUAUUUCCACACUGAGGUUGAAAUAACACUGAAAUUAUGAAAAUUAUGAUAGUACCAUUUUUGUCUAAGAGCUGUUUGCAAAAAAGGCUUGGAUUUUCCGUCUGUUCAGGUGGGAUGGAGUUUUUGGGCCGCCGCAUAACAUCACACGGCGAUCUGAUUCUAAUAGACCAAUUCAUCUGUUAUUUGCAUAUCCUCCUACACUGCUUCUGGCCCCGCCCGGUCAUAUUGACAUUCCAUUCCUCAAUGUUGUCAGCGUGCAGAGAUAAUUCCUACUUUAAAGCAAUGAGCAAAAGCAAGAUGAUAAAUUGUGCAGUAGCUGGCUGCAAGGCAGCAAAUGUUUCUUUGCACUGUCUUCCAUCUGAAUAAUCACUUCGUCUGAUUUGGCCAGAGAAGUUCAAUCCAUGGGCAUAUGAACACACUUCGCAUUUCAGGCUAUGCAUUCAUUUACAUUUACAUUUUAGUCAUUUAGCAGACGCUCUUAUCCAGAGCGACUUACAGGAGCAAUUAGGGUUAAGUGCCUUGCUCAAGGGCACAUUUACGUCAUUUAGCAGACGCUCUUAUCCAGAGCGACUCACAAAUUGGUGCAUUCACCCUAUAGCCAGUGGGAUAACCACUUUACAAUUUUUUUUUGGGGGGGGGGGGGGGAUUACUUUAUCCUAUCCCAGGUAUUCCUUAAAGAGGUGGGGUUUCAAAUGUCUCCGGAAGGUGGUGAGUGACUCCGCUGUCCUGGCGUCGUGAGGGAGCUUGUUCCACCAUUGGGGUGCCAGAGCAGCGAACAGUUUUGACUGGGCUGAGCGGGAACUAUGCUUCCGCAGAGGAAGGGGAGCCAGCAGGCCAGAGGUGGAUGAACGCAAUGCCCUCGUUUGGGUGUAGGGACUGAUCAGAGCCCGAAGGUACAGAGGUGCCGUUCCCCUCACUGCUCCAUAGGCAAGCACCAUGGUCUUGUAACGGAUGCGAGCUUCAACUGGAAGCCAGUGGAGUGUGCGGAGGAGGGGGGUGACGUGAGAGAACUUGGGAAGGUUGAACACCAGACGGGCUGCGGCAUUCUGGAUGAGUUGUAGGGGUUUAAUGGCACAGGCAGGGAGGCCAGCCAACAGCGAGUUGCAGUAAUCCAGACGGGAGAUGACAAGUGCCUGGAUUAGGACCUGUGCCGCUUCCUGUGUAAGGCAGGGUCGUACUCUCCGAAUGUUGUAGAGCAUGAACCUGCAGGAGCGGGUCACCGCCUUGAUGUUAGCGGAGAACGACAGGGUGUUGUCCAGGGUCACGCCAAGGCUCUUCGCACUCUGGGAGGAGGACACAACGGAGUUGUCAACCGUGAUGGCGAGAUCAUGGAACGGGCAGUCCUUCCCCGGGAGGAAGAGCAGCUCCGUCUUGCCAGAGUUCAGCUUGAGGUGGUGAUCCGUCAUCCAUACUGAUAUGUCUGCCAGACAUGCAGAGAUGCGAUUCGCCACCUGGUUAUCAGAAGGGGGAAAGGAGAAGAUUAGUUGUGUAUCGUCAGCGUAGCAAUGAUAGGAGAGGCCAUGUGAGGAUAUGACAGAGCCAAGUGACUUGGUGUAUAGGGAGAAAAGGAGAGGGCCUAGAACUGAGCCCUGGGGGACACCAGUGGUGAGAGCACGUGGUGCGGAGACAGCUUCUCGCCACGCCACUUGGUAGGAGCGACCGGUCAGGUAGGACGCAAUCCAGGAGUGAGCCGCGCCGGAGAUGCCCAGCUCGGAGAGGGUGGAGAGGAGGAUCUGAUGGUUCACAGUAUCAAAGGCAGCAGACAGGUCUAGAAGGACAAGAGCAGAGGAGAGAGAGUUAGCUUUAGCAGUGCGGAGAGCCUCCGUGACACAGAGAAGAGCAGUCUCAGUUGAAUGACCAGUCCUGAAACCUGACUGGUUUGGAUCAAGAAGGUCAUUCUGAGAGAGAUGGCAAGAGAGUUGGCUAAAGACGGCACGCUCAAUAGUUUUGGAAAGAAAAGAAAGAAGGGAUACUGGUCUGUAGUUGUUGACAUCAGUGGGAUCGAGUGUUGGUUUUUUGAGAAGGGGAGCAACUCUCGCUCUCUUGAAGACGGAAGGGACAUAGCCAGCGGUCAAGGAUGAGUUGAUCAGCGAGGUGAGGUAAGGGAGAAGGUCACCGGAGAUGGUCUGGAGAAGAGAGGAGGGGAUAGGGUCAAGCGGGCAGGUUGUUGGGCGUCCUGCCGUCACAAGUCACAAGAUUUUAGGGGGGGGGGGGAUUCAGGAGGGAGGAAAAUGUGGCAAAGAGCUUCCUAGGGUUAGAGGCAGAUGCUUGGAAUUUAGAGUGGUAGAAAGUGGCCUUAGCAGCAGAAACAGAUGAAGAAAAUGUAGAGAGGAGGGAGUGAAAAGAUGCCAGGUCGGCAGGGAGUUUAGUUUUCUUCCAUUUCCGCUCCGCUGCCCGGAGCUCUGUUCUGUGAGCUCGCAAUGAGUCAUCAAGCCACAGAGCUGGAGGGGAGGACCGAGCCGGCCGGGAGGAUAGGGGACACAGAGAGUCAAAGGAUGCAGAAAGGGAGGAGAGGAGGGUUGAGGAGGCAGAAUCAGGAGAUUGGAGGGAGAAGGAUUGAGCAGAGGGAAGAGAUGAUAGGAUGGAAGAGGAGAGAGUAGUGGGAGAGAGAGAGCGAAGGUUGCGGCGGCGCAUUACCAUCUGUGGAGGGGCAGAGUGAGUAGUGUUGGAGGAGAGCGAGAGAGAAAAGGAAACAAAGUAGUGGUCGGAGACAUGGAGGGGAGUUGCAGUGAGAUUGGUAGAAGAGCAGCAUCUAGUAAAGAUGAGGUCAAGCGUAUUGCCUGCCUUGUGAGUAGGGGGAGACGGUGAGAGGGUGAGGUCAAAAGAGGAGAGGAGUGGAAAGAAGGAGGCAGAGAGAAAUGAGUCAAAUGUGGACAUAGGGAGGUUGAAAUCCCCCAAAACUGUGAGGGGUGAGCCAUCCUCAGGAAAGGAACUUAUCAAGGCGUCAAGCUCAUUGAUGAACUCUCCAAGGGAACCUGGAGGGCGAUAGAUGACAAGGAUAUUAAGCUUAAAUGGGCUAGUGACUGUGACAGCAUGGAAUUCAAAUGAGGAGAUAGACAGGUGGGUUAGGGGAAAAAUUGAGAAUGUCCACUUGGGAGAGAUGAGGAUUCCUGUGCCACCACCCCUCUGACCAGAUGCUCUCGGGGUAUGCGAGAACACAUGGUCAGACGAGGAGUACAGAAAGUAUUCAGUACCCCUUUACUUUUUCCACAUUUUGUUACGUUACAGCCUUGUUCUAAAAUUGAUUAAAUCGUUUUUUCCUCAUCAAUCUACACACAAUACCCCAUAAUGACAAAGCAAAACAUUUUUUUUAAACUUUUUGCAAAUGUAUAAAAAAUAAACUAUCACAUUUACGUAAGUAUUCAGACCCUUUACUCAGUACUUUGUUGAAGCACCUUUGGCAGCGAUUACAGCCUUGAGUCUUCUUGGGUAUGACGCUACAAGCUUGGCACACCUGUAUUUGGGGGGUUUCUCCCAUUCUUCACUGCAGGUCCUUUCAAGCUCUGUCAGGUUGGAUGGGGAGCGUCGCUGCACAACUGUUUUGAGGUCUCAGCAGAGAUGUUCGAUCGGAUUCAAGUCCGGGCUCUGGCUGAGCCACUCAAGGACAUUCAGAGACUUGUCCCGAAGCCACUCCUGCAUUGUGUUGGCUGUGUGCUUAGGGUCGUUGUCCUGUUGGAAGGUGACCCUUCGACCCAGUCUGAGUUCCUGAGCGCUCUGGAGCAGGUUUUCAUCAAGGAUCUCUCUGUACUUUGCUCCGUUAAGCUUUCCCUCGAUCCUGACUAGUCUUCUAGUCCCUGCCGAUAAAAAACAUCCCCACAGCAUGAUGCUGCUGCCACCAUGCUUCACCAUAGGGAUGGUGCCAGGUUUCCUCCAGACGUGACACUUGGCAUUCAGGCCAAAGUGUUCGAUCUUGGUUUCAUCAGACCAGAGAAUCUUGUUUCUCAUGGUCUGAGAGUCCUUUAGGUGCCUUUUGGCAAGCUCCAAGCCGGCUUUCAUGUGCCUUUUACUGAGGAGGCUUCCGUCUGGCCACUACCAUAAAGGCCUGAUUGGUGGAGUGUUGCAGAGAUGGUUGUCCUUCUGGAAGGUUUUCCCAUCUCCACAGAGGAACUCUGGAAUUCUGUCAGAGUGACCAUUGGGUUAUUGGUCACCUCCCUGACCAAGGCCCUUCUCCCCCGAAUGCUUAGUUUGGCCGGGCGACCAGGCCAAACUUCAUCCAUUUUAAGAAUGAUGGAGGCCACUGUGUUCUUGGGGACCUUAAAUUCUACAGAAAUUUUUUGGGAACCUUCCACAGAUCUGUGCCUCGACCCAAUCCUGUCUCGGACCUCUCCGGACAAUUCCUUCGACCUCAUGGCUUGGUUUUUGCUCUGACAUGCACUGUCAACUGUGGGACAUUUUAUAUAGACAGGUGUGUGCCUUUCCAAAUCAUAUCCAAUCAAUUGUAUUUACCACAGGUGGACUCCAAUCAAGUUGUAGAAACAUCUCAAGGAUGAUCAAUGGAAACAGGAUGCACCUGAGCUCAAUUUCGAGUCUCAUAGCAAAGGUUCUGAAUGAGAAGCUAAGUGUAGUUGUGUGUGCAAUACUGCAACUCUUCCACCUUUCCUGUCAGGGGAUGAGAUUCUAGUUCUGUAGUUGUGUAUAGUAUGUCAGUGUUGGAGAAAGCUGGUGCUGACAAUGUAAAAAAUAAAAUAUAUAUAUAUAUAAAAAUGACUAGUUUUUUAAAAACUUCAUACCAUCGAUGAUUACUCUGUUGCUGCACUAUACCUUCCAUUUGAUUGUGUUUAGCUAACACCCUCUUACUUUCACCAUGAUCAGUUUUCCUCUCACAGGAACACCCUCCAGAGCUUGAGCACAUGUAAAACAAUAACUUGGAAAGAUAUUUACAUGCCAUGAUUUUGACUUUCAUUAUAACCUUGUUUACAAACAGUUUAUUAUGUUAUGUAAAUAACUGAUGAGAAUUUGAAGAAUAAAACAACCUUUCGUUGCAGACUUGUUUCUUUAUUUUCAACAACAGAAAACAUUCCAGAAUGUGUAAUUCAAGAGUGUUUACUCAUAUUUAAAAUAAAUAAUAAGUUAUCAGUAUAUUUUGCUAAAUGAUGAAAUAGACUUUGUGAUUAUACUGAAGAUUAUACCAUGGGCCGCUGCAUCUCAAAGGCCUAAGACAGUAAGUUUCACUUACGCUACUGUGUUUGGACUCAGACGCAGAGGCCUAUAGUCUGUCAUGUAAAUAAUCAUGAUGUUCUGCAAUGAAUAGACGGCAGACGGUAUAGCCCAGGAUGGUCCACCAUGCAAACAGGCUGUUCUGGGACCUGUCUGCAUCUUCUGGUGACUUAUUGAAAACAGUACAACAAUGAUAUAGCAAAUUAAGAUGCAUUAUGUAUUUUCAUGACAAAACAAAGUAGCCUACACACCUGUGGAAGUUUGUCGCUUUCAGGGUCCAACUCGGCUCCAACUGACAAGUUGAAUAGCAUGUGCCCCUUUUUUUUUUUUUUUUUUUAAAGGGGUGAGGGGGUGGGAUCUAUGAUAUUAUAUUAGGCAAUCAAGGCUGUAUAUGUAAAUAUAUUCACAUUUGUAUCCAUCCGCACACCCACAGUCAGACUGAGUAUUUCAGUGGGAAGAUCUCAAUUGCAUACUCCUCGCGUCCUCUCUCCUCGUCUCCUUCUCAAAACCCAUUGGAGGUAGGAGGGGAGGGACCUCUGUCUUUCUCAUCUAAUGGGUUUUGAGAAGGAGACUAGGAGAGAGGUAUGCAAUUGAGAUCUUCCCAGUGACCCAAGGAGGUUCAGGGAAAUAAAUGCUAAAAAAUAUAAAUUUUGGAGUUAUAUUCAAUAAAUAAGCACAAUCAGUGAUUGAUUAGUCAUAUAGGGAUGAUGUAAAACAUCUAAUAAAAAAUACUGCAUGUGGGCUUUAACAUUAUAAUUACAUCACAAUAAUGACAUAUCAGCUCCUAGAGAGAGAUUACCACCUAUGGCUGCAAAUAUUGGGGCAGCUUAUUCUGUUAUAAUAAUGCACUUAUUCCCACAUUUGACACGUCAUUGCGCACAUGAUGUUCAACAUCAAAUACAGUGCAUUCUGAAAAUAUUCAGACCCCUUCACUUUUUCCAUAUGUUGUUACUUUACAGAUUUAUACUAAAAUGAAUUUAAAAAAUCCUCAUCAAUCUAAGCACAAUACCCCAUAAUGACAAAAUGAGAACAGGUUUGUAGAAAUUUUUGCUAAUUUAUAAAAAAUUUUUAACGUAUUCAGAUCCUUUGCUAUGACACUCGAAAUUAAGCUCAGGUGCAUCCUGUUUCCAUGGAUCAUCCUUGAGAUGUUUCUACAACUUGAUUGGAGUCCACCUUUUUGGUAAAUUCAAUUAAUUGGACAUGAUUUGGAAAGGCACACACCUGUCUAUAUAAGGUCCCACAGUUCACAGAGCAAAAACCAAGCCAUGAGAUCGAAGGACUUGUCCGUAGAGCUCCGAGACAGGAUUGUGUUGAGGCACAGAUCUGGGGAACGGUACCAAAACAUUUCUGCAGCGUUGAAGGUCCCCAAGAACACAGUGGCCUCCAUCAUUCUUAAAUGGAAGAAGUUUGGAACCACCAAGACUCUUCCUAGAGCUGGCCGCCCGGCCAAACUGAGCAAUCGGGGGAGAAGGGCCUUGGUCAGGAAGGUGACCAAGAACCCGAUGGUCACUCUGACAGAGCUCCAGAGUUCCUCUGUGGAGAUGGGAAAACCUUCCAGAAGGACAACCAUCUCUACAGCACUCACAAAUCAGGCCUUUGGUAGAGUGGCCAGACAGAAGCCACUCCUCAGUAAAAUGCACAUGACAGCCCACUUGGAGUUUACCAAAAGGCACCUAAAGGACUCUCAGACCAUGAGAAACAAGAUUCUCUGGUCUGAUGAAACCAAGAUUGAACUCUUUGGCCUGAAUGCAAGCGUCACGUCUGGAGGAAACCUGGCACCAUCCUCACGGUGAAGCAUGGUGGUGGGGAUGUUUUUCAGCGACAGGGACUGGGAGACUAGUCAGGACCGAGGGAAAGAUUAAUGGAGCAAAGUACAGAGAGAUCCUUGAUGAAAACCUGCUCCAGAGCGCUCAGGACCUCAGACUGGGGCGAAGGGUCACCUUACAACAGGACAACGAUCCUAAGCAUACAGCCAAGACAACGCAGGAGUGGCUUCGGGACAAGUCUCUGAAUGUCCUUGAGUGGCUCAGCCAGAGCCCAGACUUGAACCCGAUCGAACAUCUCUGGAAAGAACUGAAAAUAGCUGUGCAGCGAUGCUACCCAUCCAACCUGACAGAUCUUGAGAGGAUCUGCAGAGAAUAAUGGGAGAAACUCCCCAAAUACACGUGUGCCAAGCUUGCGCUACAUACCCAAGAAGCCUUGAGAAUGUAAUCGUUGCCAAAGGUGCUUCAACAAAGUACUGAGUAAAGGGUCUGAAUACUUGGAAAUGUGAUAUUUCUGUUAAAAAAAUUUUUUUUUAAAUUGCAAGAAAAAUCUAUUUUAGAAUGAGGCUGUAACGUAACAAAAUGUGGAAGAAGUGAAGGGGUCUGAGUACUUUCCGAAUGCACUGUAUAUUGAGGCAAAAAUUACAGACCGUAGCCUACAAUUAGCUAAAUGGAACAUGAAGUUUGAACAUGAAAGUGAUUUUAAUGAUUUUAAGGCCAAUGUAGUCUGUAUGCCUACUGUAUUUAUAUUUUAAUGCAGUCAUCUCGGUUUUUAUUUGAAGCAUGUUUUUAUCCUUCAACUUCAUGCUGAAGUUAUCGGCGGUGACAGAAAGACAGAAAAAACAUCUUGAUGCCAUGUUUAGCGGAUAUCUUCUUUGUAUAAAGUGACGCGGAAGGGCGGCAAAGAAGCAUCUAAACGAUGGGUGGUCUGAGGCAGUCGGUAAAUAACAAGCUUUUUCAAUUGCAACUUUAGUAACAAUGGUUUUGGGAAACAGCUCUGUGAUUUAACUAUGCUCCUAUGACGGUUCUAAUGAUGAACUUAGCCUUAAGAUGCUUUUCAGAAAGUGGGCCCUGUUGAGUUUGCAUAAUCUGUCAAAUAAGGACAUGGUCGUCACGGUUUACUUAUGGUUGUAUUUGUUGUCUCAUCAGGUCUCUCUGGACUAUUUGACACAGGUCUGCACCACGCCAGCCCCUCUGGCCCAGACGCCUCGGUCAUGAAUCUGAUCUCCGCUCUUGAGUCCCAGCGGGGUCCCCAGCCUCCACCCUCCGCCUCCUCCCUGCUUUCCCAGUUCCGCACGCCGUCCUGGCAGACAGGUGGGCAUGUGACCAGACCUGUGUUGUAAAUGUGUUGACAUUCAAAACGGGGUCGCAAAAGUCAAUAUGACAUUUCCAACGCCUCACAGCGUCGAAUUGUUAUUUCUCUCUCAUGUCGCCAUUGUAUUGCCUCGCCUUAUUCUGAAUGGUCAUUACUUUCAGUGUCAGUGAUUUGCGUUGAGGUUAUGUUGGUGUCAUUUGGAUAUUGGAUUGUCUUCCCUUUUUACAUUUUACGGGAGGGGGGUGGGGGUACAAUUUAUUUAGUCAUGCUUGUCAGUUUUUUCAGUUGACAGGUGUUGAAUAAUCGUCCUCUUAUCUCUUCAUCUGACUCUGACAGCGAUGCACACCCCUGCCCCUGCUGAGCUCUUCAUCUCCGGCUCGGGCUCCUUCCCCUCUUCCUCUGCCCUCUCGGCCUAUCAGCACCCGGCCUCCUUCUCCAGCCGCUCCUUCCCCACCCUCCAGGACACUCCCACGUUCAGCCCCACCUCCAACGGACUCCUCUCCCCCCACGACCCUCUGCUGCACAUCAAGGGUCCCUCCCAGUCCAGCCUGGGCUUCGACCGCCUCCUGUCCUCUCAGGGCGCCGCCGCAGCCUACCGGGGUGCCCAGGACCCUACAGGCGCCGCCGCCUCGGCCCAGGCUUCGUCGGCGCUCCACCUCCAGUCCCACCAGUUCAACCUGCUGUCCUCCCAGCUGCAGGACCAGUCCUCCCAGUUGUACAACGCCUCAGUGUUCUCCUCGGCCCAGGCUCAGGCCCAAGCUCAGGCCCAAGCUCAGGCUCAAGCUCAGGCCCAGUCUAACUCGGUCCAGGAGAGGGCUGUGCCCCGGCAGGACAGCGUAAUCAAGCACUACCAGCGGCCCACGCCCUCCCAGUCACAGCUCUCCUCCUCUGCGGCCCACUCCCUGCAGCAGUACCUCAGUUGCGGCGGGGCCGGGUACCAGCAGAUGGCCCACCACCGGCAUGCCGGCCUCUCCUGCAGCCCCCUGGGUGACCAGAGUCCCUCCUCGGACCACAAGGCCUCUUCCCGGACAGAACAGGUGUACCGGCCCAUCAUCCAGCCCCCUUACUCGUCCUCCUCCAGCUCUUCUUCAGCAGCGGGGAAGGGCGCCAAGAGCAACUCCAGCAGCGGCUACUCCUCGGCCAGCUCGGUGUCCUCCUCCCGCACCCCUCACACUCCCCCUUCUGCGUCCUCCACUUCUUCGACCUCCUCUUCCUCCUCUGCCUCGGGAGCCCACCCCUCCAACUCCAUCCCCCCCUCCAGCUCCAGCUCGGCACCCUCUAGACAGCAGCCUCCCCCCCAGAGCGCUCCCCCAGCUCCCCAGCAGCAGCAGCCCCCUCCUACCUCAUCCACGUCUGCCCAGCAGCCCUUACCCAAACACAGGCUCUCGAACUACGGCUCACCCGUGGCCUUGGUGAAAACCCCCGCCACCGCCUUCACAGGCCAAACUCCGCCGCAACCGCAGACCCAGUCAUACUCGCCCAGUCAGCCCCCUCUCUCCCACCUCCCCCAGUCCUAUGGCGGCUUCAGCUCCCCUCAGGCCCAAGACCUGAGCUCAGCCGGGGGAAGAAAAGGCUACGGGAGCCUGGAAGGGCAAAGCCAGUCGUACUCGGCGGAUGUGGUAUACGGGGCUGACUCUGCUUACGGGUCCCUCCCCUCCUCUCUGGGCGGAGAGGGAAGUCCAUCACUAAGUUACGGCCCAGGCCACUCCCCCGCCCUUUUACGGUCGGGUGGGUCGACUGGGGGCGGAACCUCAGGAGGCGGUGGUAGUAGCAGCUCAGGAGGUGGGAACUCUGGCUCAGGAGGAGGAGGAGCCGCGAGCAGUAUGGCAAAUGAGAGAGGAGGUGGCGGAGGAGGGUCUUACCAUAUCCCUGAGUCGAGCCCCUCCCCGUCGGCCAACUCUGGGAUCAUCCGUCCAGGGUUGCACUCCCCCGCCCCUGCCUGCCCCACCAAGUCCCCGGGAGGAACGGGCUCCAACAAAUACAUCUCCUCGGUCCUUUCCCCCACCUUCAUGUCCUCCCCUCAGGGCUACCCCGACACCAGAGGCCCUCGGCCCCAGUCCUACCACCCCACCUCCAACAAGACCAAAUCUGACCCCAGCAGCAUGCUAGGUGUGGGCUCUCAGACGUCUCAAGAGGACGUGGACGACGAUGACGACUUCUUGAUCCAGCACCUUUUCCAAGCCCAGGCCAGUCCAGCGCCCCAGGUGUCCCACCACCACUCCCAGCAGCAACCAUCUCAACAGACGGCCCAACAGCAGGCACCUCCCCAGCCCGUCUCCUCCACCACGGAUGGCGGCAAAGGGCUGUCAUCCUACGAGCUGGGAAAGAGCUCUGAGGAGAGGUGCCACCUCCAGAGCGUCAUCCGCACCCACAGCGCCACCUCCAGCAACGGGGCCGGAUCAGGCGGGGCAGUUACGGGCCAAGACAGACAGCUAGAGAUGUCUCUCAAGAAACAGCAGCAACAACAACAACAACAACAGAGGAAUGACAGACGAGGCGGUGGCAGGAUUGGCGGAGGAGGGAGAGGAGGUGCCGAGCAAAGCCACCCUCACCUCCACCACUCUUUGGGGUCAGUGGUGCACUAUGGCCGGGGCGACCCAUACUCCCAGCACUCCCUGGGCCCCCAACACUCCUCCCACCCACAGCAACAGCACACCGCAUCCCACACCCACCUUCAGUCCCUCGCUCACCUGGACCCGCAGAAGAAGCCACAAGAGCGCUCUGAGCUGGUGUACCCACGCAAGACCCCCGAGGUCCAGCAGCAGCACUCUCAGUCUCAAGCCUCAGCCUCCCUCAUGGAUUCCCCCACACACCAGUCCCGCCAAACGCCCCACCUGCUCCAGUCUGUGCUGUCCCACACCACCCGCAACAAGAUGGAGCCCCAUCAGCAGCAGCAGCAUUCGGUGAGCCAACAACAAGCUAUGAUGGAUGGAGCCGGAGGGCGAAUGGGCCAGGAUAAACACCAGACUCAGACCCAGCAGUCCUCCCAGCUUCAGCUACAACUCCAGUCCCAGGCUUUGGAGGCCGCAGCGGUGGCUGCUCACUACAGCCACGGACCUCCUCAGCAGGACCAGAGCCAGUCCAAGCAACAACAGCAGAGCUCAGUGGUGUCCUCCCUGGACAUGCUGGAGUGCUCCAGUACAGAUGGAGGGGGGGUGGAGGAGAGGAGAGGAGGACGUGGUGGAGGAGGAGGAAGAGGCGGAGGGAGCGGAGAGCGCCGCAUGCAGCAAGAGCAGCAGAGGCUCUCGUCCCACCACCCUCAACACUCAUCCUCGGAGGUCCACUCGUUACUCUCUGAGCCCGACAUGGGCUUAUCCGCCCCCUCGCACGUGCACCACCUUCCCCAACACCAUCAACAACAGCUACACCCCAACUCCCACCACCAGCAAAGUCACUCAGGGCACCACCCCCACUCCCAAGGCCAUGCUCACCCCCUGUCCCACCACUUGCCCCCUCCCUCAGCUUCCACCCACUCACAGCAACAGAAGUCCCAGUCCCACCCUUCCCAGCUUACCCCGGGCCAGCAGGUCCAAUUGGACCAGCAACAGCGCUCCGAGCAGCACCCGUUUGACCCGGUGGAGAAAAGCGGUGGCCAGAGCCAGAAUCGCUUCGUCCCGCUCACUUCCAUCUGCUUCCCGGACUCACUCCUGCAAGACGAGGACCGCUCCUUCUUCCCCGGCAUGGAGGACAUGUUCUGCUCGGACGACUACUCCAAGUCGAGCUGCGCCGGAGGAGGCGUAGGCCCAGUGCAGGAGGAGAUGAACCAAGAGGGACCAGGAGGAGGCCAUGAGGAGGCCAUGAAGGCUAAUUCAGGAGGAGGAAGUGGAGGGGGAAGCGGAGGAGCCAGCUACGACAUGCUGGGCCACCACGGCGGUGACCAGGGCUACGGGCAGUACUGCCACGGGCUCUCCGAGUCGGGCAACAGCACCAUGGACCUGGACUCCCUCAAGACCAACGAGCUGCCCUCCACCGUCAAUACGGAGCAGCUGGGCCUGAUCCAGUUGCAGGGCCCCGGGAUGGGCAUGGGCGUCACCGGCCCGGGGAAAUUGUCCUCGAGUCCAGGCGGGGGCGCUGGCGGUACUGGUGCCGGUCCUGGAGGCCUCACUUCACCCAUCUUCUGCUCGUCGCGCCCCAAGAAGCUCCUCAAGUCGAGCUCAUUCCAUCUGCUCAAGGAGCGCCGGGACCCCAACACGCUGCCCAAGAAGAGCUACGCGCAGGAGUACGAGUUCGAGGAUGACGAGGACAAGGACAACCAGCCGGCGGACAUCCGCCUGAACAGCCGCCGGCUCCCUGACCUCCUCCCCGACCUGGUCUCCAGUUGCCGUAAGACAGGAGGUGGGGCCGGAGGAGGAGGCACGCUCAGCCCCCUCAUGGGAGAUCUUAACUUCUACCACUCGACAGGUUACCCCUCCCUCGGCCCCCCUCCCCAGCUCAUGUCGCAGGACGGGCUCAAGAAGAGGGGCCGCAAGCCCACCAAGCAAAAGAGAGAGGGGCCUCCCAGGCCCAGGGGUAGGCCUCGCAUUCGCCCGCAGCCCGAGCAGCACAUGCCCCGCGGAAUGUUGACCGGUGAGAUGGGAGGAGGAACCGGAGUAGGAGGGGGGAAUGGAGGAGGAAUGGAGGGUAAACUGGUCAGGGGCCGUGGUGGUGGAUGCCGGGUGAGGAGAAAUGACAUGUUUAUGGAGAUGACUGGGAAGGAGCAGAUGCAGCAACACCACCUUCAUCAGCAACAACAGCAUCAACUCCACCACCAGGCUCCACCGCCACAGCAUCAGGAGCCCAUACCACCUCUCAAGGUGAGUGUGGAUGAUUUGAUUUGAACUUUAUUAAUCCCCAGGGGGAAAUAUAGAUGUCAUAGAAGGCCUAUACUUAAAGGGACAUUACACUUUCAAAUCAAAGUUUGUCAAACUGUUUCAGAUCUCUAAAGUAGUCUAAUGUCAAGAUGAAACCACUUCCCAUAUAUUUGGAUCUACACAACCGAUGACAUGGGAUGCGAACACAUCAUGACAUCAGACUACUUGAUGACAUCUGACAUCAGACUACAUCAUGACAUCUGACAGCUUUUCAUUUUGGAGUGUAAUGUUCCUUUAAGGUUGCGGGAAUAGCAAAGUUUACUGUACUGUACUCUAUUGGCGUUUAACUAAACUUUUCCCCUUUUUUUCCUGUCGUAGAUCAAACUGCCCAUCGGCUCCAUGUCCUCUUCUGACAACCUGCUGAGGAUAGACUCUCUGUCCGGCACGGACCCUGCUCUGUCGGACGGCUCGGUGGGCUCAGCUCCCUCCCUUGGCCUGAGUCCCGGACCCCCGUGCGGAGGGGCAGACUCCAACCGGACCCAGAACAAGAGCAAGCAGAAGAGCCAGAUGUUGAGUGACGGAGUGGACGGAGAGGGGAUGGAUGAAAGGGUAAAGGACGUUUAGACUCUGUUUGGCCACUCAAUCAGUUUAAAGUUUUAAUCCUGUGUGUUGUAUGUGACAAAAUGUUACCCUUCUCAGUUGGUAAAAUGAAGAAGGGAAACCAGUAUUUCCCCUCUCAUGAACCUGAACCUAUUUUUUCUCUCUUUAUUCCCGACCCCCGACCCGCUCCCUCGCUGUCUCUGACUCUAUCUCUAUCUCUCUCUCUCAGGGGGAUGAGAAGGAUUCGGAAUCCAAGGCGGGCUUCAUGGCUUCCUUCAUGGACUUCCUCAAGUCGGGAAAGAGACCUCCGGGCUUGGAAAUGCCCCUGGGAAUGGAAUCAGGAAAUGGUGACGCCUCACCUCUCAAAUGUGGAGGGCUCUGUCCCUUGUCCCCAGCACCCCCUCCACCACCGCCUCCAUUCGGGGAGGGUGAAGGCAAUGGCGGCCUGGCCCUGGUUGGCUGCCCCAGCCCCUGCAAGCGCACCCUGGACGAUGAGCUGAAGAGGAACCUGGAGACGCUGCCCUCGUUCUCCUCGGACGAGGAGGAUUCAGUGGGCAAGAACCAGGACCUGCAGAAGAGCAUUUCCUCAGCCAUCUCAGCACUCUAUGACACACCGCAGCUGGCCUUCCAGCCGCCCCCUCCUCCUCCCCCACCCCAGUCCCAACACCAACCCCAACCCAGGCAGGCCCAGAUCACAUCGACCACCCUGCAGCCCCCCACCCUCAGCCCCCAGACCCCCUCACACACCCCUCACACCCAGCCCCAGGCGGCCAAGCCGGCUGUACUACAGCGAGAGGACCGGGAGAUGGAGGAGAAUGAUGAUGAGGAUGAGAGGAAGAUGGGAGGAGGGGGUGAUGAUGAGAGUGAAGUGAAGGAUAUGGAAGAGGAGGCGCCAGAGUUUGAGACACUUGGUGCACCCAAAUUAGAAGGUAAGGGAAAUACCGUGCCGAUACAGAUCAUAUUGAUGAUAUUUUGUUGUCCAUUAUUGCCAAUACCGGUAUGGCAAAAGGAGAAAAAAAUAUUUUGUUAUCUAUGAAAUAGAUUAUCGUCUGGUACUGAUCGCAUACAUUUUUAUUGGCUGAUAAUAUACUGUGUAUACAGUGCAUUCGGAAAGUAUUCAGAGCCCCUUGACUUGUUUCACAUAUUGUUACGCUACAGCCUUAUUCUAAAAUGGAUUAAAUAGUUUUUUCCCCUCAGCAAUCUACCCACAAUACCCCAUAAUGACAAAGCAAAAACAUGUUUUUAGAAAUGUUUGCAAAUGUAUAAAAAAAACCCCCCGGAAAUAUCACAUUUACAUAACAUUUCAAAACCUGUUUUCGCUUUGUCAUUAUGGGGUAUUGUGUGUAGAUUGAUGAGGGAAAAAUAAUAAUUUAAUCCAUUUUAGAAUAAGGCUGUAACGUAACAGAAUGAGGAAAAAGUAAAGGGGUCUGAAUACUUUCUGAAUGCACUGUAUAUAUUGAACAAAAUAAACGCAACAUGCAACAAUUUCAAAGAUUAUACUGAGUUACAAUUCAUAUAAGGAAAUCAGUCAAUCAAAAUACAUUAAUUAGGCCCUAAUCUAUGGAUUUCACAUGACUGAGAAUACAAAUAUGCAUCUGUUGGUCACAGAUACGUUAAGAAAAGUAGGGGCGUGGAUCAGAAAACCAGUCAGUAUCUAGUGUGACCACAAUUUGCCUCAUGCAGCGCGACACAUCUCCUUCGCAUAGAGUUAAUCAGGCUGUUGAUUGUGGCUUGUGGAAUGUUGUCCCACUAAUCUUCAGUAGCUGUGCGAAGUUGCUGGAUAUUGGCGGGAACUGGAAAACGCUGUCGUACACGUCGAUCCAGAGCAUCUCAAACAUGCUCAAUGGGUGACAUGUCUGGUGAGUAUGCAGGUUAUGGAAGAACUGGGAAAUGUUCUGCUUCCAGGAAUUGUGUACAGAUCCAUGUGACAUGGGGCCGUGCAUUAUCAUGCAUGAGGUGAUGGCGGCGGAUGAAUGGCACAACAAUGGGCCUCAGGAUCUCAUCACGGUAUCUCUGUGCAUUCAAAUUGCCAUUGAUAAAAUGCAAUUGUGUUCGUUGUCCAUAGCUUAUGUCUGCCCAUACCAUAACCCCACCGCCACCAUGGGCACUCUGUUCACAACGUUGACAUCAGCAAACUGUUCGCACACACGACGCCAUACACGUGGUCUGCAGUUGUGAUGCCGAUUGGACGUACUGCCAAAAUACUCUGGCAACAGCUCUGGUGGAUAUUCCUGCAGUCAGCAUGCCAAUUGCACGCUCCCUCAAAACUUGAGACAUCUGUGGCAUUGAGUUGUGUGACAAAACUGCACAUUUUAGAGUGGCCUUUUAUUGUCCCCAGCACAAGGUGCACCUGUGUAAUGAUCAUGCUGUUUAAUCAGCUUCUUGAUAUGCCACACCUGUCAGCUGAAUCAAUUAUCUUGGCAAAGGAGAAAUGCUCACUAACAGGGAUGUAAACAGAUUUGGGCACACUUUACAUGUUACAUUUAUGUUUUUGUUUAGUGUAGGUAAUAUAUAUAUUUUUGGAACCAGGAAAAACCUUUCCCCUUCUCAUUUCUUACAAUACUUUUCUUCAUAUUCUUGUUGUUUCAGCUCAUGUCCCAUUUUUCUUAGAAUUGAUUUUUACGAGUUAGCUCAUGACAAAUAAUUAUUUUAGCCUGUAGCUGUGCUGUUGCUGUAAAAUUCUGCCCUUGAAUUGAUUUCCUAUUGCACACAUAGUAAAGAACUGAUUAAAAGGAACGAUAGUCCCAUUGUUAUGAUGAUAGUUCUAAAAGUUUGAACUGAAUGAUCUUAAAGGCCCACACUGUGAUCUUUACAGCUGUUUUGGGUAAUUUAAAUGACGUUAUAUACCUAUUGAUUCUUGAAGAAAAAUACAUUAGCACUUCUCUCCUUAUUCCAGCUUCCCUCCCAGAAUCCCCAGUGGCACCAGUCGCCCCCCCACCACCCUCCGCCUCCCCCGCUCAAUCCUUCUCUCCCUCUCCCCCGCCUUCCCCCUUACCUCCCCUCUCUCUCCCUUCAUCACCCCUGCCCCCACAAGAAGCAGCACAACAACAGCAGAAGUCCCAACCUCCGAGCCCCCUCCCUCCUUUCAAUCCCUCCCCUCUUCAUCCUGCUCCCGCCACCCUCCCUCUCUUCUCCCCGCCUCCUCCGUCAUCCCCGGCCUCAGAGUUCCCCAAGUACUCACCGGAGCCCCGUGGGUCCCCGGAAGACGCCCCUGCCUCUCAGGUCACCUCGCUGCACGUGGCCCAGAAGCAGGAAGAUGCCGCCAUCGCUGGAGAGAGCGAGGAGGACGAGAGUGAGAGCGGAGGUGAAGGCAUUUUCCGAGAGCGGGACGAGUUUGUGGUGCGUGUGGAAGACAUCGCAACUAUGAAGGUAUUUGUGUGUAUGUGUAUGUAAAAAAUACAUCACUAACCAACAGUUCAACAGUCGCUAGGUUUGAUGGUUUGUCAAUAUAGUCCAUCUGUUCCGUAAGUUAAGUGUGUGAGUGAGUAUGUGUGUAUUCAUAUAUGGUAGGUGUGUGUUCAGUAUGUGAUGUAUUGACUCCCUCACCCCUCAAACCCCAGCUGGCCCUGAAGACCGGUCGAGAGCCUCCCCCCAUCUGGAGGGUGCAGAAAGCCCUGCUGCAGAAGUUCAGCCCCGAGAUCAAGGACGGAGAGAGGCAGUUCUGUGCCACCAGCAACGUGAGUCAGUCCAUCUGUCCACCCAACACAUGACGGUCACUGCUCAAUGUCAACACAGAAUGCAUGUUUCUGUCUAUCAACAGGGCACACAACGGAAAAUGUUAAAAAAACAUUUUGUAAAGGAAAAUGAAAAUGAGUGUCACAUAAGAAAAGUCUGGAUAGUCUCUACCUGAUUCAGUACCUUUUCCUCCAUUUAGUGCAUAAUGAACACGACCCUAAUGAUGUUUCUGUGUCCGUCUAGGUGUGGUUGUUUGUUGCGUUUCAGGUCGUCUUAAUUCUCAGAAGAGCAUCUCAGAAGAGUGUUUAUAUCAUAUUAAUGUGAUUCCUGAGAUCUAAAAUGUCCAAACUGUUCCUAGAUCAGCAUUCGUGCUAUUUUGCCUUUUUAGAUUAUAACAAAUGGACAGUGGGGACCUGGUCCUAGAUCAACACUCCUACUCUGAGAUACUUUAUGACUGCGGAACCUGAUAAACUGUGUAGCUUAACUGCAAUAAAGAUGACCUGGAACAGGCCCAUUGAUUUGUGUGUACCCCAAGAUGAAUAGCUGUCAGGCAUCCAAAUAAACAAAAUGGCUACUCUUUCUCUUCCUCAGUAUCUGGGCUAUUUUGGAGACGCCAAGAGGCGGUACCAGCGCCUGUACGUCAAGUUCCUGGAGAACGUUAACAAGAAGGACUACGUGAGAGUGUGCUCUCGACGACCCUGGCACAGACCAUCCGGACUGAGGUACCCAUUAGGGGAUUUAUUCAAUUAUAUUCUAGACAUGUCCAGUGUUUUAUGCCUUCACUUCUCAAAGGUUUUUUUCCACCUUAUCAUUGAACAAUCCAUAGGACAGUACAGUCCGAAAGAUAUGUUUGGAAGGUUUAUUGCUUGCACCUCUCAAAUAUACAUUUCGGAGAGUGCUGUCCUGUUGAAUGUCCAUGUACAAUAUUUAAGAGGAAAAUACAAGCCUAAAGAGUUAACACAGUGUUUAAACUUCCAUCUAGCCAUCCAAUGUGUUCCAGAAAAUCUGAAGUAGCCAGCAUACUGAAAACGUAGCCAGCUAGAGGGUGCGAGGGCAUGACCCCCACAAAAUGAGGGUUAAUAGUCAGCUAUUUGGCUGGCAGCGGGUGCUUAUGGAACUGGCCAUCAGAAAUAUUGUUUCCUUCUCUUUAUUCAAAUCUCCACUCGUCUUCAACAGGCGACAGGCCCUCCCCAAAAUGCCGUCCCCGCCUCCCACCACCCGGACACCGCCUCGAGCCGAGAGGGAGGAGAGUGAGCAGCGAGUGGUGCCGCCACGUGAGACAGUGCAGCGCGAACCGAGGGACAGAACUAGGGCAAAGAACGAACAGCGAGAAAAGGCGGCCGCGGGGGUGAAAGAGAAGAAGGAGUGGGAGAAAGAGAAGCAGAGAGAGAAAGAGAAGAGGGUGCAGCCAUCUCUUGAGAAGCCUGAGAAACGGUCCGCCGUGGUGGCAACGACGGAACGAGGGAAGGGGAAAGAGGAGAAGAAAGGAGGAGUGGAGAAAGAGAAGAUGGAGCGCCCUCCCAAGUCGAAGCCAGCCAAGGUCAAGGUGGAGCCUCCUCUGAAAAAGAGGAAGAAGUGGCUGAAGGAGGUCCCCUCGUCAUCUGAUUCAGACUCGUCCGAGGAGGCAGCCAGUGAGGAUGAGAGUGAGACGCCGUUUUGCCUAUAGGGCCGGUUUCCCAGACACGGAUUAAGUGUAGUCCAGGACUAAAAAGCAUUCUCAAUGGAGAUUCUCAAUUGAAAUAGCUUUUUAGUCCAAGACUAGGCAUAAACUGUGUCCGUGAAAGUAGCCCGUAAUGUUUUGUUACUUUGUGAACCCAUUUUGUACCGAUUAUUGAUAGUUACAACAUACACACUAUAUAGUGCACUAUAAAGGGAAUAGGGUGCCAAUUGGAAUGUGCACUAUAAAGGGAAUAGGGUGCCAAUUGGAAUGCAGACAAUAUCUGUUUAGCCUAUAUGUAUCAGUGUUUGUGCAGUCAAACUUGGUGGAGGGAUUAUGAAAUGGUCGGGGGAGUAAUAGGUGUCUGUAUCUGCCCUCAAUGAAUGGAAUAGAAUGACUCACUUUCUUUGGGUGCGCCAGGUAGUGAAUAGGAGGGGAGACAAAAAUAAAAUCUGUCAGGAAUGUAUUCGGCAAUUAGGUAGAGAUGCUGUGUGUGUGUGUAGGGUUGUCACGAUACUACGAUACUCAAUUUUCCAUGGCAAAAAGGAACACACAAUGCAGACUACACUAUUUUGUCCUUAAAGAAUUGUAUGUUACAUAUUGUGUGCUAUAGCUUGGAAAUGAUUAAUUUUUUUGUCUGUGUUACAACAUAAGAUAACAUUAUGCCCGUUUUCCUCAGUUUCCAUGCCAUGAUACGCCUGAGCAUUGUGAUACAGGUAUUGUGCCAACCCUAUGUAUGUGUUGGUGUGUGUGUUGUGUCUAACCCCUAUAUGUGUGUGUAACCCCUGUGCAGUGCCAGUGCGAGGCGGGGUGAACAACCGGGCCAUGCGUGAGAUGUUCAGGAGCUAUGUGGAGAUGCUGGUCAGCACGGCCCUGGACCCCGACAUGAUCCAAGCCCUGGAGGAUACAGAC